AUGGAGAAACUCAUGAAAAAUCAAGAGAUGGCAAGACAAGAUCAAGAAGCAGCAAGAAAAGAUCAAGAAGCAGCAAGAAAAGAUCAAGCCACAACAAGCAAAAACCAAGAAGCUUCAAUAAAAAAUCUCGAGAGGCAUAUGGAACAAAUGGCUAAACGAAUUACAGAUGCAUCCCCAAGUGCCACUCAAGACCACCCAAGGGACAAAGGAAAAGCUACAAAGUGGGAGGAGUGUAAAGCAAUCAUAGUGGAAAGUGAGAAGAAAGCCAUCAAUCAGGAAGAACACAACAGAGAAGUUCCACAAGAAGAGACAGAAGAGAGAAGUGAAGAGGAUCAGAAAAUCAAGAAUGCAAAAAGCUCAAAGAGAGAUAAGGACAUUCUUGAAACACAACUACAAGAGAAGAAGGAAAGGGUGAAGCCACAUAUCCCCAAACUUCCAUACCCUCAGAGGAAGUCAUUCAAUCUCUUGGAGGAAAAAGUACAUCAUCAUGGACAGAGGAAGGAUAUAGAACCCAACAAUGAUGAUGACACAGAGGAAACAAAUAGACUCCAAGAGGUUGUAUUGUUCUCUGACUGA